AUGGUAAACAGCUUGGCACAAGAUACACAAGGUAGGUGAGCUUAAGCUCCAAUAUGUAGCUCAUCGUCCAUGUCUGGCUCAGCCCCUAGUGUGUUUCGCCAAGUUCUCGAACGAAACCUUUGGGUACAAGUUACCUUGUCCUCCCCUCCUUUCAUACCCCUCGAUUUUGACAAGGCUUACUGUGCAUACCCGAACUCCUUGAGAUUUAUUAUUGCCAACCUCUGACAACUAUCGUUGAUUAUCGACAUUGCUACUCCUAAGGAUCAACUCAACACGCGUACUUGUUGAGCCUUUGUUCCUUCCUGCUGGGACCUGGCACCGCGAAGCUUGACUAUAGACUUCCAAUGGCCCAAUUCAUAAACCAACCUCACCGCAACAGCUACCCAGGAGCUCCUCAGACCACCAUGGACCUUCCAUAUCAACAAAUUUACCAGCCCGUCGAGGAGAACCACAAUAUGCAGUCAUUGUUCGAGCCACAACCUCCACCACAAUAUUAUGGCUUCCCUCCACCGACUGGAAGUUCUCUGGAUUCUGGUUAUGCUGAAGACAGCAACCCUUUCGAAGAGAACAACAUGUUCUGUCCGGAUUUCAAGGUGGCCUUUGGUCAAAAUGUGAACUCCACAGCCCCAAAUUUUGGAGCAUACGGCUACAUGACCAAUGACCAACAACCAAGUGGCCCUGAGCAAAACUUUAUGCCGAUAGGGUUUUCAGCACCUUUUCAACAAAACUUUGGCUUUAUGAAACAAAACAACAAUGUCUCGCAAAGUCCACCAGCGUUGAUCAUGGAUGAUGCUGUCAGCGUCAAAAGCGAAGACGCUUCUUCGGACGCCGCAUCGCCCAAGACGACCACUUUUCAAGAUAGCCAGCUUCGAAAGCAGACUAGGAAACGUCCCGGUACACUCAAGCGAAUGGCAACAGACACAUCGAUAGAAGGACGACCUAGUGUAGAGCGUUCGACAACCAAGGAAAGUCGUGGACGAAACAAGAAGCGCAUCCCGCACACGGCAGUAGAACGUCGAUACCGGGAGAACCUCAAUUUGCAUCUCGAAAAGCUACGAUUGGCAGUACCAAACUUGCAAGCUGCGCAUCGCCGCCGUGCGAGCGAUGUCAACGACCCCAUGAAGCCAAGCAAGUGCGAGGUACUGAUGGGCGCUGUGGAAUACAUCAAGCGGCUCGAGUCAGAAGUAGCGAGGUUGAAGAAGGAGAUGGGCGAAUGAAAGACAGGGAAACAAAGUAAAAAACUAAUGACGACGAAUUUAAUUGACAAUGAUCUCUUUCUCGCGCUUAUGCGCUGGCUGGCAGUUGAACGAGGGAUAUAGAGAAAACAGGUACCUCUUGUGUUGGAUUAAGCACGUGGGAGUUUGAGUUUGGACGAACCGGUCGUUGUGGCCCCGAUAGACAAACGCUAAUGACAAUCCCCUCUGUAUUCG